AUGGCGUUUGUCAUUGUAAUUAGAAAAGAGAAGCGGAAGACUAGAGAGUUUUAUAAGAAAAAUGGUGGUCUUACCUUGGAGAAAGCUAAUGUCAUUAAGCUUUUCAAAAAGGAGGAGCUCAAGCCAAUUUUGAAGAGUAGCAAUUUAAUUGGAAAAGGUGGCUUUGGUGAAGUUUACAAGGGGGUUGUUGAUAGCAAACUCGUCGCAGUAAAGAAACCAAUUAGUGGUAAUGUGCUGGAGACCAAGCAAUUUGCAAAUGAAGUCAUCAUCCAGUCUCAAGUCAUCCACAAGAACAUCGUCAAGCUUAUAGGUUGUUGCCUGGAAGUGGACACCCCCAUGCUAGUGUAUGAGUUCAUUUCCAAAGGAAGCUUGCAUGACAUUCUUCACGGGGUUGACAACAAGGAGCCUCUCAAGUUGGAUGUGCGUCUAAGCAUUGUCACAGACGCAGCGCAUGGUCUAGCUUAUAUGCAUUCACAAACCCAUAGCAAAAUCCUGCACGGUGAUGUUAAACCAGCAAACAUACUGUUGGAUGACAACUUUGUGCCGAAGAUCUCAGACUUGGGCAUAUCCAGAUUGAUUGACAAGGAACACACUGCAAAUGUAAUUGGUGACAUGACGUAUAUGGAUCCAGUAUACCUGCAAACAGGCCUAUUGACUGAAAAAAGUGAUGUCUACAGUUUUGGGGUUGUCAUCCUAGAGGUCAUUAGCAGGAAGAAGGCCUCUCAUUCUGACAAUAACAGCUUAGUGACGAGCUUCCUUGAGUGUCACAAAGAAGAGAAGGAAGCAACUGGGUUGUUUGAUAAGGAAAUUGCAGCAACAGGAGUUUUGGAGCUUCUUGACACUCUGGCAGAAAUUGCUGUGGCAUGCCUUAACCUUGAUGUGGAUCAGAGGCCAUCAAUGACAGAUAUUGCGGCACGCCUUCGCACGUUAAAUACAUCCUGUAUGCCGUCAGUCGGUUCCCGGAGCUGA